AUGGCACUCCUCAUCGUCGCCGGCAUCGUACUCGCCUCGUCUUUGAUCUACUUCGUUGUCUCGUCCCAGAACAAGUCUCCGGCAAAUGGUACAUUCCCACCAGGUCCACCAGGACUCCCGGUGCUGGGCAACUUACUGUCCAUCCCGUCAAGGCACUCAUGGCUGCAAUUCUUCGCCUGGUCUAAGCAGUAUGGUCCUCUUUACCGCCUCAACAUUGCUGGUCGCGAGCACUUCAUCGUGAGCAGCGAAAAGAUCGCCAACGAUCUGCUACGUGACCGUGGUAAUAUCUAUAGCUCACGCGAACAGCUACCAGCCGCUGUGGGCCUACUUUCGGAUAAUCUGCGACCGCUCUUCUGGCCUUCUGGUGAAGAAACUCGCCAGGGCCGGAAACUGAUGCAUCAAUUGUGUCAGCCGUCGUCAGCCGCCAAGUACGAGCCCACGCAAGUACUGGAGAGUAUCCGCUUGUUGGAAGACUUGAUUCGCAAGCCACAAGACUAUGAGAGAUGGUUUAUGCGUUAUUCCGCCGGUCUUAUUUUCCGUCUCGGAUUCGGCAGGAUCCUGGAAGAAAACGACCCGCUGCUCGAUCGGAUCUAUCGUGUGGUACACAAUGUUGAGCGGGUAGCCAGUCCUGGCGCGUACGUGGUCGAUGUGCUUCCCUGGAUGCGACACCUUCCCGAUGCCAUUGCUCCGUUCAAGCGAGAGCUGAAAGCGCUCCACGUGGAGGAGCUGGAUGUGUUUCGCACCUUGUUGAGAGACACGCGCCAAUCCAUGGCUCGAGGCGAUGCUGCGGAGUGUUGGGAGAAAGUGUAUCUGGAAAACCAAGACCGAUAUCGUCUUACGGAAGAUCAAGGAGCAUACGUCGUGGGUACGCUGUUCGAGGCAGGUGCAGGUACUACGGCCGCAGCGAUGAUGAGCUUCGUGCUCGCCAUGGUCCUGCAUCCGCAGGCAUACGCCAAGCUGCAAAAGUCCAUAGAGUCGGUCGUCGGCUCCUCUCGCCUUCCUGGGUUUGAAGACAUACCGCAGCUGCCCUACGUCCGCGCGGUUGUCAAGGAAGUCCUCCGAUGGCGUCCAGUCACCGCAGGUGGAAUCCCACACAUGUCUACCAAGGACGAUACUUACAUAUCUCCAGCAACUGGCAAGACCUACUUCAUUCCCGCCGGCACAAAUGUUCACCCCAACCAAUGGGCCAUUCAUCGUGAUGAGACUCUCUACCCCAAUCCGGAGUCUUUUAUCCCGGAGAGAUGGCUUGAUCCAGAGUAUCCUACGUAUCGCGAACCGUUGGAUACAUUUCCCAAUGUCCAGCACUUCAGUUCUUUCGGCUUUGGAAGGAGGAUAUGUCCCGGAAUGCAUAUUGCCGAGAGGAGUAUGUACCUGUUGAGCGCACGCAUUGCAUGGGCUUGCAAUGUGUCGAAAGCGAAGGAUCCGAAGACCGGGGAGGAGAUGGAAUAUCCGGAGUAUGACUAUGUGGAAGGUUUCAAUGUUCAGCCAAAUCCAUUCCCGUUUGAGCUCGACCUCAGGGAUGAGGAGAGGGGGAAGAUCGUGCAGGAUGCGAGGAUCCAGGCCGACCAGGGUGAUCCGUUGAAAAAUUGA